CUAAUGCAAACCUAUAAGAGGAAGGAUAAUCGGGUGAGCGGUAUCAGUCCUUAGUUGUUCCCGCAACCCGAUUGUUUAAACGUUUUAUCUGUUUUUCAAUUCGCAAAGGUUCCAAGCUUAAUAUCUCAAGGAUGAGGGGGCUCUUCCUAUUAUUGUGCGUUUGUCUAGUGCAAAGCGGACUGACAAAGAAGCAGUCUCGCGAGAGUUACGAUUACGAGCUAUCGCUCGGUGAACCCGGAACCGGUUCCAUUCUACUUCCACCUCAACAGAAAGUUCUCCAGCCGGGAUACAGCGUGGGCGGCCCCUUGGCGAAUAUCGCGAAGGGCGCGGCGGAGCAAGCUCACACCCAGUUGAGCAACCAGGAGUCCGCGGCUGGACAGGCGGCGUACGUAGCUAAAAAUACUUUGGCUCAGGCUGCCUCGCAAUCGGCAGCUACCGCAGCCGCGGCGUUGACCGGAAAGCAGAUCGUCGUCCAAGGAUUGGAGCAACAGUCUAGAGACGCGCACGUAGCGGUGGACAAUGAGGCUCUGCAGCUGCAGCAAGCGGAAAGAUCCGCGAAUGCGGCCAAGAACGCGGCUAAGCAAGCCAUGCACCAGGUGCAGGUGAUCACGGCGGCUUUGAACGCUGCGCAAGUUACCGCUGAUCGUGCGCAACAAGCUGCGGCCGAAGCUGAAGCCGAAUUAGCCGCGCAGACCACGAUGGUUGGGCAAGCGAAGGCGAGGGCGGAAACCGUGGACGAGCAGCUGAUCUCUGCUCGCAUCGAUUACGACACCACACAGACGGCCGCAGACAAAGCCGCGAUCGCGGCAACCGCGGCACAAAACAAUGCUGCGGCCGCGGGUGCCAAAGUGGCUGAUACGGCCGGCACUUCCGCGCUCUUGACUCACGAGCCGGCCACCGUGACACCUUUACCGAAACUACCGGAGCAACCUGUUCUCAAGGAGUCCCCGGGCUACGCUCUGCUCUCCGAGGGACCGGCUUACGGAGCCGGUGGCCCGAUUUUAGCUGGUCCUGCCGGUCAUCAGGAAGCUGCAUUAAAAUCAGAAGGACUGCGUUAUCCUAUAGCACCGGAAGAGAUAGCCGCGCAGCGGGCGCAAGCGAGUCUUGAAGAAGCAGACGGUCUUCGUUUGUCUGGACUUCUCCAGAAAGCUGGUGAUCCUCGUCUUCCUAUAACGAUCCAAGAAACCGAGCUACGCCUUCCCGCUGGAUACUCAGCAGCUGGGCUGAAGUCCGGUACCUUGCGUCUCCCUGCUGCUGCGCUUCGUGCACCGGGAUUAUCUCUCGAAGUCGGUGCCCCACUUCAAUCGCCUUUGUUUACCUUAGCAAAUUCUCUGCCUAUCGAUGGUUACGAGACUAAGGAGUAUUAGAGGGUGUCGGAGAUACUUUCAUCAGAGGGACUUUGUUACCCUCUCUUUCGUUUCGAACGAACCGCAUUACAUUGGAAUCUAAUUCGAAAUAAACCAUGAUUUUGUUAAAUUUUUAUAUAAAAUACAAUUGCAAAUACAUUUUUCUGUUCUAUGCAAAUUUAACAAAAAUCAA